UUUUUCUCCUUCUCGGAUGGGGCUAUUACCUGAGCAUUAUCCAAGGUUUCCUUGUUGUGUUCGUCGUGAUUUUGCUUUGGUUUAUCUGCGCCCAUUCGUAGCCCCGUACCGAUGAGGAGCGGCAAAGCACUAAGCAGGCCAGGCCUUUCAUCCUUACUCUCACAUUGCAUCGCAUGGGCCUCUCAAUAUCGUCUCUUUUCAACUCUCUUUCGUCGCUUGUACGGUGGAGCAAAGACCAAGAUGUCCGGAUACUUAUGCUAGGCCUGGAUUCUGCUGGCAAGACCACAAUACUUUACCGUCUGCAGAUCGGCGAAGUUGUUUCAACGAUACCAACAAUUGGCUUCAAUGUCGAGACUGUGCAGUAUAAAAACAUCAAAUUCCAGGUGUGGGACUUAGGGGGACAGUCGAGUAUACGGCCAUAUUGGCGUUGCUAUUUCCCUAAUACCUCGGCAAUAAUAUAUGUCAUUGACUCCGCAGACCAUACGCGGCUGACGACAUCACGGACGGAGCUGUUGACUAUGCUAUCGGAGGAGGAACUAAAGGGCGUUCCUCUUCUGGUUUUCUGCAACAAACAGGAUGUCGAGGGUGCCUUGAAGCCUGAGGAUAUAAGCGAGCAGCUGGGCCUGGCUGGUGGAGAAAAGUCACGACCAUGGAGUGUCCGGGGUAGCUGUGCAACGAAGGGAGAAGGCUUAGAGGAAGGCUUAGAUUGGCUGGUUAAUGUCAUUCAAAAGAAAUGAUGGUUGUGUGUACGUCCCAUUGUCUUUUGCCAGCAUGUCGUAUAGCUUUCCAUCGUUUUGCACUUUCAUUUGAACACUCUUUCUGUGGGAUAUAAGCAUUUAUAAUUUAGUUAUACCAGCCGUACUUGUAUAUUCAUGAAUUGAAUGGGACGAAGCUUCAGGCGGACCUUCG